AUGUCUGUACAAAAGGAUGCAAAGUGGUGGGACGGCCACGCUCGCAGCUAUGCCAAGAAGCCAGUCAGUGACGAAGCCGGCUAUCAACGGACCCUCAAACGGGUGACUGGCUUCUUAAAGCCGACGGAUAGGGUCCUCGAGUUGGGCUGCGGCUCCGGGUCCACCGCUUUGAAUUUAGCUCCGGCGGCGCAAACGUACCUGGCCACCGACAUCUCCCCAACCAUGAUUCAGAUCGCCAACGACAAGAUUGCCGCGUCUCCCGCCCCAAAUCUGUCAUUUCGAGUAGCGUCCGCCGAAACUCUGGCGGCCGAGGACGCGCGGUUUCACACCGUGCUCGGAUUCAACUAUCUUCACCUGGAUGGUUAUACCGGCUAUGAAAGCGCUAAGCCUUGCGCCGAACGUGGUAUCGUUCAGCGCAUCACAACUAGUCGAAAACUCAAAGAGGCGGGCUUCGAAGUUUUGGAAAAUGAGUUGCAUGGCACGGCGGGUGCUGAUCCGCGUCCUUUUAUCGUCGCGCGCAAACUUUGA